AUGAUAAAAUGGCAAGUCCGCGACCCUACCCGCGGGAUACUUUAUGCGAGUACUUCACUACAAAUAAGCGCGGUUUCUCUCACAAGCCCAUCCCAUCUUUGAACAAUCCCCUCGGAUAUCAGGAAGGUCGUCAAGUCCCCCGUCUGUAAACGGUCAAGGGGCCCACUAAGAAGGGGGGGAAGAUUUCGGUGGGGAGCGUCGUUAUUAUCCAAUCAUCGCCUCUUACACACAGAUCCAUCCGGGCUUCCAACACGGCUGAGCUGUCACCGAGGACCACGGUAAUAGCAAUGGCGGCGGGACAGGAAUUCCAGCAAUGGCAGGUCAGCGAGCCCUACCUUGAGACGCACUGCUCGCUCGGCGAGGGGCCAUACUAUGAGCCGGCCACCAACACGCUGCGCUUCGUCGACAUCAUCAAGAAGCAGCUCCACACCGUUUCGCUCGCCGAGGGACCUUCGUCGCUCCAGACGCUUCAGUUCGAUGAGCCCGUCACCGUCACGGCCGACAUCGAAGGCCGGGAUCCGCAGGAGGCUCUCCUGGUUGGGGCCAAGCAGGGCCUGGCCGUUCUGGAUAGGAAGACGGGCAAGUAUGAAUACGUCACCAGGUUUGGCGACGAGAAGGCCGAACGGAUCCGGAGCAACGAUGGCGUGGUCGACCCGAACGGCCGCUUCUGGCUUGGGACCAUGACAGACUUCGGCCAGGGGCCUUUUCAGCCAGAGGGCUCUCUCUACCGCUUCACCGCCGGCGCCCCGGCCGCCCGCACCCUCUCAGACCUCACCAUCCCCAACUCGGUCGGCUUCUCCCCCUCGGGCCGCACCAUGUACUUCACGCACUCGACGGCGCGGGAGGUGCUGGCGUGGGACUACGACCCGUCGACGGGGGCGCACUCGAACCAGCGCGUCUUCUACCGCCACGACGGGCCGGGCGAGCCCGACGGCUUCCGCGUCGACACGGACGGCAACCUGUGGCACGCCGUGUACGGCGAGGCGAGGGUGCUCAAGAUCUCGCCCGACGGCCGGCUGGUCGGCGAGGUGCGCAUCCCGACGAGGAACGCGACCUGCUGCGAGCUCGUCGGCGCCGGCGAGCUCGUCAUCACCACCGCCGCCGACGACGACGGCGAGGCCGACGGCGAGAGCAGGCGCCUCGGCGGCGCCGUCUUCAAGGUGCACGUCGGUGCCGAGGGGACCCCGAGGUUCGCAUAUAAGUUGUAUUAACUAGGGAGGUUCCUUCGCCCCCUUCCCCCCCCCCGCGCCCCCCGCCGCCGCCGCCGGGUGGGCAGCCGGUUGACUUGAUUCUUCGCAACUCAUUGUUCACCCGCCUGGUAGGAUUCCAAAGUUAGUAUGGGCUGGUUGGUGGCGGGCGACGGCCCGUUACGAUCUCGACCAUUCCCUCCUGUGGAUGGUCAUCUAUAUUGGAAUGGACGUACGCCUGUUUAAGUAGUCGGGCGAAUGGAGCUAGCCAGUACCUUAGUUUCAUCCAUGCCAGACAACAAAGAUACCAGCCUGACGACUGCGUGUUCACAUAUAUGAUCCACUAAUAAGGAAUUGCCAAAAUACACACCUAUAGGUGCAAUUGCUGGAAGAAGCAGC